UUGGAACAGGGACUUCCCUGAGCCUCCAUCAUCUGCAGGGAGGGAAAAACACUCACACACACACUGCCUCCCACACACACACACGCACACUCUGCUGAGAGCUAGCAAGGGGCUUUAAACAGCUUCACACAUAACCGAGACAAAGGGACUGUAACCUGCCACAAUGGAAGAAAACAUGGAUGAAUCGCAAAGCCAGAAAGGCUGUAAGGAGUGCUGCGAGCGAUGUGUGGGCAGCCUGCCCUGGGCGUCGCUCAUCGCCACCAUCCUCCUCUACAUGGGCGUGGCCUUGUUCUGUGGGUGUGGCCACGAGGCUUUGAGCGGCACCGUCACCAUCCUCCAGAACUACUUUGAAGUCAUUAGAGCCCCGGGAGACACUCUGGAUGUGUUCACCAUCAUCGACAUCCUGAAGUACAUAAUUUAUGGCCUUGCAGCUGGAUUCUUUGUGUUUGGAGUGCUGCUGCUGGUGGAGGGCUUUUUCACCACCGGAGCCAUCCGCGAUCUCUACGGAGAGUUCAAGAUCACUGCCUGCGGACGCUGCCUUACUGCAUUCCUGAUGUUCCUGGCCUACCUGUUCUUCCUGGUGUGGCUCGGGGUGACAGCAUUCACCAGCCUGCCGGUCUUCAUGUACUUCAACGUUUGGUCCAUGUGUCAGAACACCAGCUCGGUGGAGGGAACCAACCUCUGCCUGGACCUGCGUCAGUUUGGAGCGGUGACCAUCUCCGAGGAGAGGAAGUUGUGCACGCAGUCCGAGAAGUUCGUCAAGAUGUGCGAAUCCAACGAGCUGGACUUGACCUUCCACCUGUUCGUGUGCGCACUAGCAGGAGCAGGAGCUGCUGUCAUCGCCAUGGUGCACUUCCUGAUGGCUCUAGCCGCUAACUGGGGCUACCUGAAGGACGCCAGUCGGAUGCAGAAGUACGAGGACAUCAAGUCGAAGGAGGAGCAGGAGCUGCACGACAUCCACUCUACACGCUCCAAAGAACGCCUCAAUGCCUACACAUAAACACGCCGCCACGAGGAACGACACACACACACUUACCUGUCAGACACACACGCACACACGGGUGAAAAAGAUUCAUUCAAACAAAUUUACAGACACGAGUAGGCAGAAAUUAGAGGAUAAGAAACCCAUGAGAUCACCGACGCCCUCCUCAUCCUCAGCUCUGAUCAUUGCUGGUCUGCUCCAAGUUUAACACGAUAAAUCGUCCAGAUUCACCGAACAUAAAGCGGUCAGACAUUUUAGUCUGAAGGUUUCUGAAUGUGAUGGUGUGAGUUUUCAGGCCUUUCAGAGUAAAAUGCUGCACAAACAAAAGUUCUCACUGCAUAACACAAACCAGCGUAACGAGGAAAUGCCAAAAAUCACCGCGGACGAACCCAAAGAAGGAGAAUUAUUUCAAUCUGAUCGCCUAAAGACUCCAAACAGCAACGAUCUACAGCAGACGCAUGAGGACGGCGUCCGUGAGCUCAUCGGCAACACACACACACACACACACACACACACACACACACACACACGGAGACAUGUAGAUGUGACUGAAUGGUCGGUGUUUGGUGGUGUCAUGCUGUGUUGUGUCGUUCGCCACGCUAUGAUGAUGGUGUCACAGAGAAAUAAGGUCCCUGAUUGAAAUUUGUGCCUCCCGGGUACAAAUGGGUAGCUUUGCCAACUCCCCCCACCCCCUCCUUUCUCCCUCCCUGACCUCUGACCUCUUCACAUUGAGCCCAGUUUCAUUAGUUGUUUCGUAGUUUCUCGUGUGGUCGUUUGCGGCGGUGGGGGGUGGGGCGGGGUUUUGGAAACAAAAGCACUGGAUUGGUUAACAUCCAGCAGAUGGUCGGAGACCCGCCUGAGGUUAGCGUUGAGCUCGAGCUUCGGUUAUAUUGUUUUCAACCAUAACCACGGGCCGAUCACGACAACCUGCAGGAGAGAUUUUACCCGUUAAUUGCGGAGCGCCGAUGAUCGCAGAAGAAUCGAUGUCACGAACACGACCAAAUUCUCUCAAUGCGUCUCUAUUUCUGCGUAUCGUAUUCUUCUUUUUAUUCUGAGGCUGACAGCACGCACGGUGGCAGCGGGGGUGCAGCUAGUGAAACGGGGCUCCCUCCUCCCCCCCUCUUCGUCCCCUGAUUGUAAAAACUUGUGAUUCGUCCUGAGAAACAGCACAUCUUAGCAGCACAAAGUCUUUUAGUCAUCAUCUCAUCCGUCUGUUACGUAACGUUUUCUCACUUUUCAGGGAUUUUGCCACAUUUUUAUUCGGAUUCUUUCUGUGUGAUUUUAGCACCGGGGUAUUUAAACGGGGGGGGCUGUAACAUUACCAGGUGAUGAUUCAGUAUUUCAGCGAUUCUGCACACACACACACACACAAGCGUAUACACCAGUCAUCUCGAGGGAUUCGUUGUUCUCAUGCUUCCUGUUUUGCGUUCUUUGGCGACGCCCUGAUGCGACCAAAACGUUAUUUGUAAGUUGAGUCAGAAAAAUCAGCGACACCAACCGCAGGCUGACGGCGGCAGAAGAUCGGCAGGAAUUCUGGGUAGUGUUUGUGUGUUGGCGGUGGUGGAGGUGGUGGUGUCUGAAGCAGAUUGUAGGGCGGAGGAAGAGGAACGACAUUCCAGCGAAUAAGCUAAUGGUUCAGGGCUGAGCUGCUGGACUGUGGUUGCCGGCUGCUCUCGUGUCCUGUAACGCUCUCCUCGGGUUGCUGGGUUAUUCUGGACCAGCGGAGCUUCCCAGUUCUCCACAGUCGCAGUUCACCACGCGAGGUUUUAUCAGCAGAUAAAAAUGCAGUCAACACAUUUAAUAAGCUCGACGUCCUUCUAACGCAGUGGGCUCAGGUCCAAACGCUGUUCGGUCUUUGUUCUGUGUUCAGCAAGAGAAGAAGAAGCGUGCAGGCGAGGAUGGUGAUGACUCUCUAUCUGCCAGUAGAGACGACUGAGAGCGAGAUGAAGAUGAUGACAUGAUGGUUUGAUUUGAUGAGACUACUGGCACACACACACACACACACACACACACACACACACACACACACACACACACACACUCCACCACCGCCAUCACUCUGAGCCAUAACUCUUUACUUUUCACGAUGACAUUUCACUAUUUUAUUAUCAACUUUUAAUCUUUGAAACUUUUUAAAUGUGAAAUCAUUUAAUUAGAAAAAAGAAAUGUGUUUUUUUUCUCUUUUCCUUUCGCGUGUGGGCGGUGCUAAAGCGCUGCACCCACGUUAACUCUGUAUAAAGAUAUACAUAUAUGUGAAACAGUCGAGGUGAGCAGCCGGGAGGAGGAUUUCCUAUGGGUUACAGAGUCCGGAGGGGGCGGCGGUUCAGUCCCAAUGUCCUGAUCCUCUGCUCCCCGCGCACAGCUGCACUUACACCUCGACGCUCCCGAGCCGCAGUAAAAGGUUUAAACCGGCGCCUCGGCUCCAAUAACCACGACGACCAAAGUCCAGAUUCGCUGGCUUCACACGUUGGUCAUCCUGAUUUGUUGUGACUCUCUAAACAGUUAUUUUGGGUCGCCAUAUGCCUCAGCCAAUCAGCACGUGGAAAACGUUGUUUGCCGCCAGCUUUGUGGCUCGACGUCCUGCUCGUGUGUUUUAAAUACUUUAAUGACCUUAUAACCAGUGUUGCCAACUCCUCAGUAAGGAAAAUCGCUAUUGGCUGUCCCAAAAGUCGCUAGAAGUUGACAAAUGACGUCAUCGUCCAAUUUGCAUAAUAGGUCAUGCUAAUCUAAUUGUAACCUAUGUUGUUGGAGAGAGAAAUAACAUCGUGGAAGAGACAUAAAGUGAGUAAAAA